UUGGGAUGUGCUCUGAGACUCCCAGCGUGCUUUACGGCGCUCGGCUCUUCUCAGCGUCUCGGUAUGGAUGCUGCAGGUGCCGGGCUGACCCGGCUGGUAGUGCUCUUGUUGAUGGCAGCCGGGGCUCCUAGCAGAGCCAGAGGCAGCGGCUGCCGGGCCGGGGCCGCGGCACGCGGGGCUGGGGCUGAUGGCCGAGAAGGUGAGAGCUGUGGGACCGUGGCAUUGCUGCUGGAGCAUUCAUUCGAGAUUGGUGAUGGAGCCAACUUCCAGAAGCGUGGCUCACUGCACUGGAACCAGCAAGAUGGCACCUUGUCGGUGACACAGCGGCAGCUCAGCGAGGAGGAGCGGGGCCGGCUCCGGGAUGUAGCUGCUGUCAAUGGCCUCUACAGGGUCCGGGUGCCAAGGAGGCCUGGGGCACUUGAUGGUUCAGAAGCUGGUGGCUUCGUGUCCUCCUUUGUUCCAGCGUGCUCCCUGGUGGAGUCCCACCUCUCUGACCAGCUGACUUUGCAUGUGGAUGUGGCUGGCAACGUGGUGGGCCUGUCAGUGGUAGUGUACCCUGGGGGCUGCCGGGGCUCCGAGGUGGAAGACGAGGACCUGGAGCUGUUCAAUACUACUGUGCAGCUGCGGCCUCCAGGCACCGCCCCGGGCCCUGAGACUGCGGCCUUCAUUGAGCGCCUGGAGAUGGAGCAGGCCCAGAAGGCCAAGAACCCUCAGGAGCAGAAGUCGUUCUUUGCCAAAUAUUGGCACCUCAUCCUGGGGGGGGGCCGUGUUGCUCACAGCCCUGCGUCCUGCUGCCCCAGGGCCUGCACCAGCGCCAACGGAGGCCUAAUGGAUGUAUAUCAUUCCAGUUGUGCUGUUCCUCAUGAUGUCAGGAGCGCCAGACGCCGGGGGCCAGGGCGGCGGUGGGGGCGGGGGCAGCGGUCGGUGAGCAGCUGUGCCUCCCAGAGCCCCCAGAGCCUCUUGUCCUUAGUCAGCCCAAGAAGGAGUUCACGUCUCUCCAUCUCCCUAUUGCAUGAACAUGGAAGACUGUCUCUUCCCAUGAGCCCUCUAGCCUUCUUGCAGGUCCCUCAUUCUCUCCCUGAGCCCCUCUGUGUCCCUGUUGACUGAGAGCUGGGCUGCACCUCCUUGUAGCCACCUCAGGCCCACUGGCUCGCUGUACAGAUAUGUCCCACCCUGUGGCACUGGGUCCCUCUGCUAGAUACCCGCCAGCCUUGCCCCUUCCCCCCACCCACCAUACAGUUUGGGAACAUGCCAAGCUCUCUCCAGCCUCUGUGCCUUUACCCCCAGACCCCCGUGCAUCCCUCACUAUCACGCCCAGGCUCUUUGCCAAGGAAAUGUGACCAGGAGGCCCCUGCUGCUAGUGGCUGGGUCUGCCUCCAGCCCACUCUUUACGUGGCAUCCUGUGCUCCUUGCCGCCUCGCUGGAGCCCCAGAACACCUCAGUGGCCUCCAUGGCUACCCUUUGUGUCUCUGGAUAGUCCGCCCUGGGUACAUCACUGGGAGAGGAUUGUGGGCCUCGCUGUUAGUCUGUCUUUUGUGAGUGCACACUCUAGCUACGUGUGUGCACAUUUGGAAAGCCAGUUUUGAACUAGCUGCUCGGCAUGGUCGUGCUCUUGCACGUGCGUGGCCGUGGCAUGGGGAUUGCUGUGCAGCCUCAGCCGUGUUGUGUGGCGGUUGAUUAAACUGUUCCCUAAACAGCCA